AUGGAUUUACACCAGGGGUCGCUUAAUCAAAGGGACAAGACUGAAAUAGAGAAUAAACUAGUAUUUGCCUUCACCUCAAAUUCCCACAUCUGUGAGUUGAAAUGCUCAGUUCUGACUUCUCUGGUAUCCUUUUCCUUGGAACAGCUGCUACAAGCAGAUCUCCAGUCCAUCUCUACCAACAACACUCCCCAAGCCUUCCCAGGACACCAGGACAUCUCUGAAUGGGGUCUGGGAGGCCUGUUGGUCAUCUUCUACCUUAUAGGCAUCCCCUCUCUGCCAAAAUCCCUCUUUCUUCCUAUUUUCUUCAUCUUUCUCUUCCUCUACUUGCUUAUUCUGCUGGGCAAUGUGCUGAUUCUGGUGGCAGAACCCAGCCUCCACAAGCCUGUGUACUUCUUCCUAAUUAAACUCUCAGCCCUGGACAUCCUUCCCACUAAAACCACCGUCCCUAAGAUGCUGUCCUUAUACCUUCUGGGAGACCAUCUCCUCAGCUUCCCUGAUAGCUUCUUGCAGAUGUACCUAUUCCAUGGCCUCAACUGCUCAGAAGCCCUCUUCCUGGUUGUCAUAGCCUAUGACCACUAUGUGGCCAUCUGCUGCCCAUUGUGCUAUCCUGUCCAUAUGACCCCACAGACCAAUACUGCACUGGAGGCCAGUGCCUGGCUCACUGCCCUCCUGCUGCCCAUCCCAGCAGUGGUACAGACCUCCCAGAUGGCAUACAACAACAUUGCCUACAUCUACCACUGCUUCUGUGAUCACUUUGCUCUGGUCCAGGCCUCCUGCUCUGACACAACCUCGCAGACCCUCAUGGGCUUCUGCAUCGCCAUGGUGGUGUCCUUCUUCCCUCUGCUCCUGGUGCUUCUCUCUUAUGCCCACAUCCUGGCUUCCGUGCUUCACAUCGACUCCCAAGAAGGACGUUCCAAAGCCUUUUCCACCUGCAGCUCGCACCUCCUGGUGGUGGGCACCUACUAUUCAUCCAUUGCUGUAGCCUACAUGGCCUACAGGGCUGACCCCCUCAAAUUCCACAUCAUGGACAAUGUGGUGUAUGUUAUUCUCACACCUGUUCCCAACCCUCUCAUGAGGAACAAGGAUGUCAAGGCAGCCAUCACCAAAAUUAUCUAUCUCAAGGCCCAAGCUAUGACAUGGACAUUUGAUCUAGGGAAGUUAAUUCUGCUCCUAGACCACCAAAUAACAAUGUAG